GAUUGUUCAGAGCUUCUCCUUACCGAAGCUCACGUAACAGCUCUUCAGCCAGCAGUCACCUUCCCUGGGGAUCGCAAGCGCCCUUCCUAAACUCAUUCCUCAACCUGCCACACAGAGUGUGUGGACUGAGGCCAGGCGCUGUAGAGAUGGGGCCAAACACAGGCACGCACCCAGAAGAGGCCGAGCGAGGAGUGCGCUUCUGAACGUGAUGUCUGUUCUUCUAGAAGAGAACAGCUGUGGGAAAGCCUGUGUGCAAGUGUAUCACACUGUGUUGAGGAGCAUUUAACUACAGCGGGGAGUGUCUGGUCUCCCCUCCAGCCCUGAGGGCAGUUGUGGUCUGCGCCCUUUGUGUUCCGGAUGCAGAACAUCCUCGAUCAGAACUUAGACAUGGCCACAGCUCUACUCGCCGGCGAGAAGCUGAAGGAGCUCAUCUUGCCAGGCUCCUCUCAGGAUGACAAGGGCCUGGCACUGGCCAGCCUCAUGGUGCAGCUCAAACUGGAGCUGCCCUUUGAUCGUGUUGUUACUAUAGGGACGGUGAUCAUCCCCAUCCUGCUGGUCACCCUCGUCUUCACAAGGAACUUUGCAGAGGAGUCCAUAUACUGUUACACACCACACAACUUCACCAGAGACCAGGCACUGUAUGCAAGAGGCUACUGCUGGACAGAGCUGCGGGAUGCCAUUCCUGGUGUGGAGUCUCACCUUUGGCCUUCACUAUUUGAGCACAAGUUCCUCCCCUAUGCCCUGCUGGCCUUUGCUGGAAUCAUGUACAUUCCUGCUUUGGGCUGGGAGUUCCUUGCCUCUACACGGCUCACUUCAGAGCUCAAUUUCCUGCUUCAAGAGAUUGAUAACUGCUAUCAUCGAGCUGCUGAAGGCCGAGCCCCAAAGAUUGAGAAGCAGAUCCAAUCCAAAGGACCUGGCAUAACUGAGCGAGAGAGGAGGGAGAUCAUAGAGAACGCAGAGAAGGAGAAAAGUCCAGAGCAGAACCUGUUUGAGAAAUAUUUGGAGAGACGAGGCCAAAGUAACUUUCUGGCUAAGCUUUACCUGGCACGCCAUCUGGCAAUUAUCUGCCUCAGUUCUAUCCCCAUUUCCUAUCUGAGCGCUUACUAUGCCCGCCAAAGGCAGAAUGAGUUUACCUGUGCACUGGGUGAGCCCCCAGAUAUUAGCAGCUACUCAGAGCUGAAGCUCAGGGUCAACUGUAAGCUGCCUGCUGUGCAGCUUCAGCGCAUCAUGGCAGCAGUUGACAUUGCUUUGCUCUGCACCAUGAACCUGAUCAUCCUGCUUAAUUUGCUGCAUUUGUUUGUGGUGCGCAAGUCCAACUUUGUAUUUGACAAACUGCAUAAAGUUGGUAUUAAAACACGGCGACGCUGGCAGAAGUCUCAGUUCUGUGAUAUCAACAUCCUGGCCAUGUUCUGCAACGAGAACAGGGACCACAUCAAGUCGCUCAACCGACUGGACUUCAUCACCAAUGAGAGUGACCUCAUGUAUGACAAUGUGGUGAGGCAGUUGUUGGCUGCGCUUGCACAGUCCAACCAUGAUGCAACGCCCACUGUGAGGGACUCUGGAAUACAAACACUAGAUCCAAAUAUGGACCUGGGAGUGGGAGAGAUGGGUGGGGAGCCGCUGGUCAUCAAACGGCCCCGUAAGAAAAUUAAAUGGAUCCCAAGUUCAAAUCCUCUUCCCCAGCCAUUCAAGGAACCCCUAACCAUGACACGUCUGGAAAAUAACACCAAGCCUGAAAAACCCAAACCAGUCAGACGAAAGACAGUGGCAGACAACUUCAUUGCACCACUUCUGGAUAGCAAGAGCACACAAUAUCCUGCAACAAAAGAUCUAAGUGGGAUGGAGAAAAAGCACACUCGCAACUUCUCUCUGGAUGUUCAUCCAUACAUGCUGACCAUUCGUAAACCCAAGGUGGAAGCCACAACCAUAGAACCUCUACCGUCUGAGCACAAUUUGGAUACGGUUUACAUUGAAGGCACACACACUAUUGUCCAUGUGUCUGGUGCACUUACAGAAACUAAGGUUCUCUCUCCUGAAUCGACCAACACUGCCUUUUCUACAGUGACCCUGCCCACCAACACGUACGUAAACGGCGUGAGCCCAAACCCUCCCUCCAGCGAGGACACCCUCAGUCCCAAGUCCUCUCCUCCUCCAAGGGAGCCUCUCACCGAGACAGAAAACCCUGAGUCUCAGCCACCAGCGCUAACCAUUGCCCCUACACACCAGCUGCUGACUAUACAUCGCACUCUCUUCGAGGAAGAAGAGGAUGAAGAAAACCGUAGAGACAGACUGGCAGAGAGACCUGGGGAGCUCAUCGCUGCUGGGGAAUGUUGAAGAAGGAGAAAGAGAGGAACGCUGAGAUUCCUUUCCCCAACACUACACUCUGCGCACAUGACCACCAUGUCAAUCAUCUCCUAUCAACAGCCACCUCUACUCUUUAAAUUAACUCACACACUUCUGUGAUGGCUGGAUUGGGCUGACUCAUGAGCAGAAAGUGGAAAGUGAGAAAAUGACAAGGAACUAGUAGUCAUAAAAGCAAAAUGACUUUUAGAUGGGAAAAUUGAUUCAGAGAGGAUAUGGCAAAUGCUUGUGUGUUUGAUCGUGUUGACCAGAGUAUUACUAUAGGAAAUGAUGUCACUCAUGUCUCAGGAUGACUGUGCACAGCUAAACACCCUCCAAUGAAACCAGCAGUGAUAUAAUUCAACAGGGUGCUAUAUAACAGCUAUACUGAAAAGGUCUAAUGAAGGGAUGAGUGGCGAUGAGAGAUGAGCAAGCUUUCUAAAAAAAAAAAGGGGAGGGGCACACUACUUAGAGAUGAAUAUCUGUAAAGAAGACCGCAUUAUGGCUUCAAACAAAAUGUAUUUUAAACACAUUAUAAUAACGCUUAGUCCCUUUAUAUAAUAAAUAGCCAAGUAGAAAGGUAGCUCACGCAAUACAGUUGUUGAGAUCAGCACAAUUAAUAUGCAAAAGAUCACAAUAUAUUUGUGGCAAUAAUGUAUGCGCUUACAGCAUCAAAUCUCACAGAACGCUAUAUUUAUAGACACUGUAUAUGACUCAGUGUUGUGGGGUGUUUAAAAUAUAACACACAUUUCAUGGCUUUAUCAUUGCCAUUUCACCGUAGAUUAGGGAUGUGCCUCAGAUCUUGACUCGACUCUAUUUGCACGUCAUUAAUAAUAGGUAAAUUGGCAUAUUAUAUGAAGAAAGAGCAAAAGAACAGACUCCACAAUCAAAGUGUGGCACUGUGAGGUGACAUGCAAUAUUGCUCGGAUAAACUGUUACUGAUACUGCGAGACAUGUAGUAAAAAGGGAGCGAUGUGGGUGUUCUCUUCUUGAAGACUUUAAUAGCAGCUCCAAUACUUUGAAUGGAGCUGGACUCACUGGCACUGUAUGUGACUUUUGUGUUCUGCUGGCUUCUUGUAGGAGUGCUGUGAUGUGAUGUGAAUGAAGUGAUGAGUAGAUGUUAACCUCACUGGAAGGAUUAUUAUAUGAUGACUAAGGUUUGGAUUGUCAUCCGCUGUCUCUGACACAGUAGUUAUUUCAGUAGUUCUGCCCUGUCUCACAUGAAAGAAUGAACAUUUAGACUAGUUGGUCUGUUAUUUGUAGUAAGACCACGACUAUAAUUUAUGUUAGCACUCUUCACUGGGAACGAGUGAGUGGACAAGGGGAUGGGUGCCUACCACAACCUUUCAACACACAUUUCUUGCAGCUGCAUACAUGAUUACAGGAAUGUCAUUAAUUGUCUGCACUGACUUACACACCAGUGUGACACCUACCCAGGGUCCUGCUUACAGUAUAGGUAGACCUAAGCAUAGCCUACUAUACUCAUCUUUUCUUCUGUACAUUCAGUAAGCACACACUUCAAGACUUUCCAUCUCAUUGUCAUGACACAGGUUGGCUCGUAGUUACCAUUUUAGACUACUAAAGCACACUAAAUGCAUCCAAAAGCACUUUAAGACUUGUAGCACUAGUGUCCGUGAGAGCACGUUAUACGUUGUAUCACAGCUCUGUGGAGAUUUUCACAUUGGGACAGUGCGGAGGUAAAGCUCUGACAGUCUUGAUGAUAGUGAAAACGUGGAGAGAAAAAAAGAGUCCAUACUUUGAUUGAUACUGUGUGAGAUGUUAUAAUGACAACAAAUUAAAAA